AUGGAAAGUAGCGAAUAUAGCAAAUAUGUAAAUUUGCCAUUUUAUGGUGAAAUGGACGAUAGUAUAAUGAAGUCAAAUGAAAUAGAUAGUAUUUCAAUGUCUCAAUAUAUAAAUGACUCCUCGAGAAAUGAUGUAGAGUCUCUUGGAGAUUUAGAUGUUAAUUCAUUUGAUAAUGGAAAUCAGUUUACAUCUGAUACUCAGAUUGCUUCAGAAGGAUGGGACUCAUCCACACAUAUAAUUCAUGAAAAUGUUCAAAAUAAUAACCCACAAUUAGCAUUAAUAAAUCCUGUAGCGGCAGGUUCACAAUACCUAACAGAUUCAACCUUUAUGGACCAACCUGGCCAGUCAUUGAAAGUUCAACAGCAAGGUCAUUCGUAUGGAACGCGGUACGCAAAUCAAUUACGUCCGACACCCGGUAUUGAACCUCGCAGAAGAAAAGUCCCAAAAGAAAAAAAUGAACCAGAAGAUAAGGGACCUUAUUGUAUUUGUCAAGGCCCAUCUUAUGGAACAAUGAUUAUUU